CGAUCAAACAGCGUCGUUUUGACGCUGUCCUCAAAGAUUUGAGGACGAAAAGAAUGUAAGAAACACCGCACAUCUCGUGUCGGUUUUCUCCUGCCUAUCGCUCGGUGCAGUGUUAGCUUUAGAAAUCAAAUCAAUCAGGAAAAUUAAAAGAAUGACAGUUCUGAAAAGGUACGUCUUGAGAUUGUUUAUAUCAUUGAAGUACAUUACAGCAAAUGUUGUGGACAGAAACAACGGGAGGAUUGUUGCAACAGCAUCAACAGUUGAGCAUUCAAUCAAGAACGCGCUUGAAUGUGGUCGGUCCUGCAAUGCCAAAGCAGCGACAGUAGUUGGAGAGGUGUUGGCCAUGCGUCUCAAGGUGGAGGGUCUUGAACAGGGACAGGGAAGAGGAAUUCAUGUCAAUCUAAACAAAGAGAUUGAGAAAAAAGGUUUUAAAAAUCAAACCAAGAUCUGGGCUAUUGUUAAUGCCCUUAAAAACAAUGGAGUUAAAGUUGUUUUGGACGAUCUAGAAGACAAUACAUCUAGAACAAAAUUCCCAUGAGCUUUCCCCUGAUUUUUCUGUUAGUUUCCCCCGAUUUUUCUGUUAGUUUCUGUAGUGGAAGACAGCACGUAUACUUUUACCUAGGAAAGAAUAUGGAAGAUAGCCUGAAAUAUUGCUCCCCAUUUUCACAUUCCCCUAUAUCAUCAUCUAUGAUCAUGGUUUAAUUUUAUUUAA